AGGGGAUCGGUUGCUUCUGCAAAGUCUCCUGGGAGAAGGACAGAAACACGAAGUGUUCCUAAGCAACCAGCUGUAGACAAGGGCAAUGAGGGUGAAUUGCGCCGUGUUUUAAAUACCGACGCAAUUAACCAGUGUAAAAGUCAUUCUCGGAUUCUCAUUUUUCUCGCAGCCACUGCAGUGUUGCUCGCCCGUUGUGGGGUUUGUCCGGAUCUUGUGCAGCGGGGCAUUGAACAAUGGACGGAGUGCAGGCUGCUACAGCAAUCCAUGUGGAGAGCACACUCGCUGUGAUCAAACCCGACGCCAUCGAAAAUGCCAAUGAAAUCGAAGAUAUAAUUCUCCGAUCCGGCUUCACCAUUCUUCAGAAAAGGAAAGUAUAUUUGAGUCCAGAGCUGUGCAGUGAUAUUUAUGCUACACAUUAUGGAAAAAUAUUCUUUCCCAGUUUAACAGCAUUCAUGAGUUCAGGACCAAUAAUUGCCAUGGUUAUUGCCAGAAAUCAAGCUGUAGCAUACUGGAGGGAGUUGAUUGGACCUGCAAAUAGUGUAAAAGCUAAAGAAACUCAUCCAGGCAGUAUUAGAGCAAUAUAUGGCACUGAUCACCUCAGGAAUGCUGUACAUGGGAGCGAGACCUCCUCAGCAGCAAAGAGGGAAAUCCAGUUAAUUUUUCCUAACACUACUAUUGACCAAAGAGCGAGUGCACAGGAUGCAAUAACAUACCUGAGCAGAUUUGUAAAUCCUACUUUGUUGUCUGGACUGACCGAACUCUGCAAACAAAAACCCACAGACCCUAUUACCUGGCUUGCAGAUUGGUUGCUUGCAAACAAUCCCAACAAACCAAACAUUUGUGAAGGUAUAGCAGAAGAGCAAUGAAAAUGGCUACUCUCAUAGCCAGGACACUUGAUGGAAAAGCAAAAAGCAACUUAAGAAAAAAAUCAGGAAAAGUGUACUCCAACGAUAAUUUAAUCACAGCAAAUCACUGAUGACUUGGAGUUCUCAUAUGAUUCUGAACGAGAUUGUCAAAUUUACAUAUGACAUGAUUGUAGUCUUUUUUUUACAACUUUUGAAAUUCUUGGGAAUUGCGUAGAGAAUAAAGUUACAGGGUUCCACAGUUUUUAAGCAAAUAAAAUCAAUGUUAAUAUAGAAAGAUAGAGAAGUAAAACAAUGUAUAAUACAUUAGAGUAU